UGCGUCUCUGAUUGGUUGUGAAGCCCCAACCGACAACACCUGCUUAACUCCUUCAUCCAAAUUGACACCCGGGGCUCUGAGAAAUAUAGGCAGCAUCCCUUCCAGCUCAUGCAUUCAGUCCCACAGCUGCCCCCAUAAGACACCAAGCCGCAGCUGCGCUGAUCACUGAUCCAAGGUGAACCCUCACACACACAUACACACACACACAUACACACACUGCCGGGAUCUUUGCUGGAAAUCGGAGCACACUGUCGGAGACGCAAUGUUGGUCAAACUGGCCGUGGCGCUGCUGGUUUUGUCAGUGCUGGAGCAAGUGGUGGGAUCGGAUAAUACUGAUAUCCAUGACAGCCUCCCGGAGAAGCCUGCGAGCCAGAAAGGACGCCUCUCCCUGCAGAAUACAGCUGAGAUCCAGCACUGCCUGGUGAGUGCAGGGGAUGUCGGCUGUGGUGUGUUUGAGUGCUUUGAGAAUAACUCCUGCGAGAUACGAGGGCUACAGGAAAUCUGCAUGACGUUCCUGCACAACGCUGGCAAAUUUGACUCUCAGGGGAAGUCCUUCAUCAAGGAUGCUCUGAAAUGUAUGGCACAUGGGCUACGGCACAAGUUCAGCUGCAUCAGCCGGAAGUGUGUUUCCAUUAAAGAGAUGGUGUUCCAGCUCCAGAGAGAGUGUUACAUCAAACACAACCUUUGCUCUGCUGCGAAGGAGAAUGUGGCCGUCAUGGUGGAGAUGAUCCAUUUCCAAGAUCUCUUCCCUAAAGGUCCAUAUGUGGAGCUGGUGAAUAUUCUCCUAAGCUGCGGAGAGGAGGUGAAGGAGGCGUUGACACGGAGUGUCCGGCUACAGUGCGAGCAGAACUGGGGGGCUCUGUGCGACAGCCUGAGCCUCUGCUCCUCCCUCGCCCCGUCUCCUGCCGGCACCGCCGUCGAACAACACCGCCGCCCCUUGCCUUCCCACCCUGAGCCUGAGCAUCCUCGCCCCCCGCGGCAAGGUGAAAAGGACAAACCCGCUAAGGCGGGCUUCAACACUCACCCACGCAACCGCAGUCAGGGACCCCGCCGCCAGAGCCCAGAGGCCGGAGUCGUGGCCGAGCAGGAAGACCCCGAAGCCACCGAUAUCCGGAGGUGAAAGCGCAGAGACUGUCCCGACCUUUGACCCCCUACGACGUUUAAAAACCACACUUGCAGACUUAUGCACAACUCCACACUUCUCCACACACACACACGCAUGCUCACACACACACACACACACACACACACACACACACACACACACACACA